AAAUAACCCUAUCCCAGCAUUCAGCUAUAACAGGCUUAAUCACCUUUUCUUCCCAAUACACAAAUGGCUAAACCCAGAAUUGGCAAACAAUUAAUCCUCAUAAAACUAUUCUAAAUUAUUUCCUACUAGUACCUUCUAGAGAAACCCCAGCAUCUGCCUGGCAGCCACAUCGAUCUGAAGUAAAACCCACAACGAAAAUUUCCCCCCAAUUUCCCGAUCCCUAAAUCCCUAAUCCCUAAUCCCUAAUCGCUCCCCGGUGCCCCGAUCCCCAAUCGGUUGAUCGCCGCCAGAGACGCGCAGCGUCAGAGCUCGCCGCUCACCGGCGACGGGCGGCGCCGGAUUUCGCCGUCAGCCGGCGGCGCGCGGCGACGGUGGCCAGGCUCCAAUCAGCUCCCUUAAUCCGUAAAUUUGAAAGGUAAGGUCUCUCAUGGCUCGUUCGCCACGGCCGCCGUGGUCCGAUGGCCUCCCGCCCGAGCUUCUCGGCGUCAUCUUCGAGCAGCUGAGCUGCCUCGCCGACCGCGCCUGCUUCGCGGCCGUCUGCCGCCCGUGGCGCACCGCCGCGGCCUUCGUCGACGCCCCGCAGCGGGGGCUCCCGUGGCUGCUCCUCCCGUCCCGCGACGCGCCGUCCUUCUUCAGCCUCCACUCCGGCGCCACCCGCCACCUCACCCUCCCGGAGGGCGUCCGCGGCGCGCGCCUGUGCGGCGCCCACGACGGCGGCUGGGUCGCCGUCGCCGUGGACCCGUGGCGAGGGUUCGCGGCCGUCAACCUCUUCACCGGCGUGAGGGUUACCCUCCCGGAGAAGCUGAGGCUCGAGGUCCCCUACGCCCACGGGUACGGGCCCGUGACCGUCACCAGCCACCACCCCAUGCUCGUCCGCACCAUCGUCUUCUCCGCGCCGCCCGCCUCGCCGGACUGCAUCGCCGCCGCGCACGUCUCGAGCGCCUCCAACAUCGCCUUCUGGCAGCCUGGGAUGUCCAGGCACUGGAUCGCGAGCCGGCCUGAGCCGGACGUGAUCCAGGACAUCAUCUACUACAGCGGCGAGGAGAAGCAGGGCUUCCACGUCCUCACCAACAGGGAGGAAGUCCUGGUGUUCGCGCCCCGCGCCGGCCGCGACCCCAACGCGCUGCUGGAGAUGACCUGCGCAUCCUACCAGAUGCGCCGCCGCGCCAACCACCUGCCGGCGUCGUUCAUCGCGACGCGCUACCUGGUGGAGUCCCGCGGGAAGCUGCUCAUGGUGGUGCGCCACUGCACGGGCAACCCCCGCGUGCGGCGGCGCACGCGCAUGUUCCGGGUCUUCGAGAUGAGCCUCCUCCCCACGGGGGCGUACUGGCUGGAGAUCCACGAGCUGUCCGGGCGGGCGCUCUUCCUCCGGCGAGGCUGCUCCAGGGCGGUCGAGGUGUCGCAGUUCAAGAUGCUCAAGGAGGACACCAUCUACUUCCUCGACGACGCCAACGUCGACAUGUGCGACUCCAUGGUGAUGAACAACGGGAGCAGGUACAACAUGGGCAUUUACAGGGAUGGUAAGAAGAUCAGAGCCGGCUCCCGGCAAUUCCCUCGUGGAUUUACCGCGGAUUGCUCGCCUCCAAUCUGGCUUGUCCCCUGAUCCAUAUCGUGCAAAGGAUCAGUGAAAUGUUGUGGUAGUCCCUGGCUAGUGGCUAGUAGUACCUUCUGCUCUGGCUUAGAUUUCUCCGAUUCUGCAUGUUUGUGCUAUAGAGGCAGACUAGUAUCUAUCAAAAGAAAAUGUACCUUGAGUUCUUGAUAUGGUGCAAACAAAACAAUACUCCAUCAAUGACUUUCUUUUUUGUGUUGUGGAUGCUC